AGCUAUAAAGGUCUUCUGCAUGCGUUUCCUCUUUCUUCUCUCCUGAACCGAUUCCUGCUUUACCGGUCAUUUUUCUUGGGAAAAAUCAAACUUUUUGUUUGUUUGUUAUCUGUGUAAAAAGGAACGGAGGGGAGGGAGGGAGGGAGGAGAGAGGCAAGCAAAAGCAGAUGAAGAGGAAGAAACAGCUUAUUGAAUACAGCGUUCAGCCAGAGAGAGAGAGAAGAGAGCGAGCAAGUCACUGCACUCUUGCUCAAUGUGUCUGUUUUACGUUUGGUAAGCACAGUGGGAGAUGCAAGGAAUGGACAUCGAAGACAAGUCAUCCAAAAUGCAUUGCAUGAAAGGCAAGCACGUGGCCAUCAUUUGUGGAGUAGUAACAGCUGUGGGCUUAAUUUUGGGACUCGGAUUAGGUUUAGGAUUAAAACCUGAGGCCUGCUCAGAAGACAAUGGGCAAGUGUCAACAAAACCACCUACCUCCAUUACUCCAGGGGUUACACCACCUUUAGAGACCAGUGUGUUUUGCAGUGCCAAAAAUGAUGAAAACGGACCCUGGACGAAUUUCAGGCUGCCCAACUAUGUUCACCCAGUUCAUUACGACUUAGACUUGACUACUGAGAUGGAAGAUGAGGUGUACACCGGAAUGGUAAAAAUCUCCAUCAGCUUGGAAAAACAGACAACCAAGCAUUUGUGGCUUCACCUGAGAGAAACAAAGAUCACAGAAAUACCUGAACUCAGGACAUCCUCGGGCCAGGACAUUGCGAUAAAGCGUUGUUUUGGAUAUGAACCACAUGAAUAUGUGGUGAUAGAGGCAGAAAAAGACUUACAUCCUGGCAACUAUUUUCUGAGUAUGAAGUUCAAAGGCUAUUUGAAUGGUUCCCUGGUUGGAUUUUACAGCACAAGCUAUAAGGAGAAUGGAAAGAUCAAAUACAUAGCAGCAACUGAUCAUGAGCCAACUGAUGCACGAAAAUCAUUUCCUUGCUUUGAUGAACCUAACAAAAAAGCAACAUAUAGUAUAUCAAUUACUCAUGAGCAUGUUUAUGAAGCCAUAUCAAACAUGCCAGUAGAGGAAAGAGUUUCAUUAGAUAGCAAAUGGACAAAGACAAUAUUCAAGAAAUCUGUGCAGAUGAGUACUUACUUGGUGGCUUGGGCUGUGCACCAGUUUAAAUAUGAAGAAAGAAAGUCAUCUCGUGGAAUUCCACUCCGCAUUUAUGCCCAGCCACUCCAGAUAAAAACAGCCAGCUAUGCAGCAAACGUAACCAAAGUUGUAUUUGAUUACUUUGAAGAGUACUUUAGCAUGAACUAUUCUCUUCCAAAACUGGACAAAAUAGCAAUUCCAGAUUUUGGCACUGGGGCCAUGGAGAACUGGGGGCUGAUCACUUAUAGAGAAACUAAUCUUCUUUAUGAUUCAGAAGAAUCUGCUGCUUCAAACAAGCAAAGAGUGGCAGCUGUGAUUGCCCAUGAACUUGUCCAUCAGUGGUUUGGAAAUAUUGUGACCAUGGAUUGGUGGGAUGACUUAUGGCUAAAUGAAGGAUUUGCCAGUUUCUUUGAAUUUAUGGGUGUAAAUGCUAAAGAAAAAAAUUGGCAAAUGCUGGACCAAAUUUUAAUUGAUGACCUAUUCCCAGUGCUGAAGGAUGAUUCUUUGGUUUCAUCUCACCCUAUUACCGUGAAUGUGUCUUCUCCUGAUGAAAUAACAUCUGUGUUUGAUGGCAUAUCCUACAGCAAAGGAGCGUCAAUUCUCAGAAUGCUUGAAGAUUGGAUCUCACCAGAAAACUUCAGAGCUGGAUGUCAGAAAUACCUAACAGACCACCAUUUUAAAAAUGCAAAAACAGACGAUUUCUGGAAAGCAAUGGAAGAGGUAAGUGGGAAGCCUGUCAAAGAAGUGAUGGACACAUGGACCAGGCAGAUGGGUUAUCCUGUGCUGAAAGUUAAUUCAAGCUCAACAGUCACACAGCAACGUUUUCUAUUGGAUCCCAAAGCAGAUCCCUCCAAGCCAUCUUCUCAAUUGAGUUACAAGUGGAAUAUUCCAGUGAAAUGGGAAGCAGGGAAUACAUCAAGUAUAACAUUCUACAAUAAAUCAGAAUCAGCAGGAAUUACUAUUCUACGACCCAGUGAUCUUCCUCCCAAUUCUUUCUUGAAAAUAAACAAGAAUCAUGUUGGUUUUUAUCGUGUAAAUUAUGAACCCCAAGUCUGGCGUGAUUUAGCUGAUACUUUGAUGAAAGACCCCCAGAAUUUUAGUCUAGCUGAUCGUGCUGGUUUUAUAGAUGAUGCUUUUGCGUUGGCCAGAGCUGGACUUCUGAAGUAUGCUGAUGCAUUAAAUCUUACAAAAUAUCUGGUAGAUGAGAAAGAAUAUAUACCAUGGCAAAGGGCUGUAGUAGCAGUAUCCUAUAUUGGACACAUGAUUGAAGACGAUAAGACACUCUAUCCCAAAUUUCAGAGGUUUUUUGGAAACCUGGUGAAGCCCAUUGCAAGUGAACUGAAAUGGGAGACUGAUGAGGACCAUAUCAAGAGCCUCCUUCGUACAACUGUUUUGGAAUUUGCAUGCAAUAUGGAUGACCCAGAAGCUUUGGGAAAUGCCUCUUCAAAGUUUAAGAUUUGGAUGACUGGAUCAAGACUAGAUGUAAAUAUCCGUCUCCUGGUGUACCGUUUUGGGAUGCAGCAAUCAGGUGAUGAGCAAGCCUGGAAUUAUAUGUUUCAGAAGUACACAACCGCAACAUUAGCUCAAGAAAAGGAGAAACUUCUCUAUGGCCUGGCAUCAGUGAAAAACAUCACUCUGCUGAACAGAUUCUUAAAUUGCAUCAAGAAUACAACUCUUAUAAGAAGUCAAGAUGUGUUCACUGUCUUGAGAUACAUCUCCUUUAAUAGUUAUGGCAAAACCAUGGCUUGGGAUUGGGUACGGCUCAACUGGGAAUAUUUGGUCAAACGAUACACUCUUAAUGAUAGAAAUCUUGGCCGUCUAAUAUCAAGAAUAUCAGGGACAUUUAACACAGAGCUCCAGCUUUGGCAGAUGGAAAAUUUCUUUGAGAGAUACCCUGAUGCUGGAGCAGGAGAAGCAUCAAGAAAACAAGCUUUGGAAACUACAAAGAGCAACAUUGAAUGGCUAAAACAAUACCGAGAUGACAUAGCAACCUGGCUUGAAAAUGCAAAGUAGCCGAACUUUAUAUAAUUAUGUCUUAGUCCUAAUGAAAAUUCUUAGGAUUUUUUUUUAAAUCUCACCAACAUGGUAAUUUUCAGAAAUACUACAUUUAGAUUUUGACAGAUCUGGCAACUUUGAAAUAACUUAAUUUAUUGAAAUAUAUAUUGAAAAUAGCUAGCUAGUCAUUCUUAAAUGUUCCUAUAAAUGUUUCUAAUCUCUAAUCUUCAUUUGUUCACAUUUUAAUCGAACAAAAUGUAAAAUUAUCAUUUGCACAAAUUAUAGGAUCUCCAUUACCUUUACCAGUAUUACUGCUGUUUGUACUUAACUACAUAUUGGCCACUCUGAAAAAGAAUAUUUUAUACAGAAAUAUUUAUUAUUCCAUGUGUUCAGGAGGCCCUUCCAAAUAAAACUUCAUAGAAUCCAUUCCAAAGGGAGGGAUUUGCCUCUAUUCAGGAAAAAAAACCCUAGAUAAUAUGUAUAUAUUCUGUUAGAAAAUAAAAGCACAAUCCAACGUUGCAGGGAGGACAGGAGAAAAUUUUGAGAGACCGACAGACUAAAGUUAUUAUUCUAAAGUGACUGAGAAACCCAGAGCUUUGAUAAAGAUUAUAUCUAUGGCAGGAGGAAAAUGCAUAUUCAGAAAGUUCAGGUAAAGAAUCUUUGGCAGCAGGCCUGAUCUAAGAAGUCUCAACUUGAACCCUGAAAAGCUGUUAUCACUCAAAAGAGAAGUGUUUGGCCUUGUCCUACAGCAUCGGCCUCUAUUUUUUUUUUUAAUGUCCAGCUCUCACCUCCAUAUUAUCAUAAUCUUAUAGGCAAACACUAAGAUCUCUCACACAUUUGGACAAUCUUGAAUAGUUUCAGCCAUUUGAUUGUGGAUUUUAACAAUGAAAAAGGCUAUGAUAAAAUGUUAUAAACAAAUAAUUUAAUCUUUCUGAAAUGGGCACGAUAUAAAGUAGCUGAGCACAGCUGAGAAAAACAGCUAGAAAUUAAUUAGCCCAAAAUCAAGGCACAUGUCUGACACCAAACAGUCAUCCAGCAGAGCAAAUUAAGACCUUGAAAUAUCUGGAUAUUGUUUUCCAUGGGACAGGCAACCAUAAAUCCCAUGCCUGCUUUAAGUCCCAUUAUGUCAACUUAAAUGUACACAAACAGCAUCAACUUUACAGUCUUUCCACUUCUCCAAAGGAACUCAAAUAUAUCUGCAGCAAUUCAAGUUUUCUCAGCUAAGAUCUGAGACCAGCGUCUCUUUGGAGUUCAGUUGGGCAACUACAGGUUAUUUCUUUCUCUUGAAAGACUUCAAUUCUAGCUUCUGAGAUCUAUUUCAUUCCAAGUGGGGUAUUUUGCCAUGAAGCUGGCCUACUUAAAAUAGAAAACUUGUGGGUCAAACUUGCUUUCCCCCACCGAUUUGGCCCCUUUAAUCAUGACUUUCACUUUUUCUGGUGCCAGGCAAUACUUACUCAAUUGCAGUCCUAUGGCUUGACCUGGGCAACUUUCACCCCAAAAGGCCGUGAACAUGCAUUAGCCAAUCUUAAACAAUGGGCCAUUGAAUCAGAACUGCAAUCAGAUUCAUCGGU